AUGUCACGACGAUACGAUUCCAGGACUACCAUCUUCUCCCCCGAAGGUCGCCUUUACCAGGUUGAAUAUGCGCUCGAAGCAAUUUCGCACGCCGGCACGGCUCUAGGAAUUUUGGUUAAGGAUGGAAUCGUUCUUGCAGCAGAGAAGAAAGUGACUAGCAAGCUGCUAGAGCAGGACACUUCUGCGGAGAAACUUUAUACUCUGAACGAUAACAUGAUCUGUGCCGUGGCAGGUAUGACGGCAGAUGCAAACAUCCUAAUCAACUACGCCCGACAAGCCGCCCAGCGUUAUCUUCUUACCUACGACGAAGAAAUCCCAUGUGAGCAACUCGUCCGUCGACUGUGUGAUCUGAAACAGGGAUACACCCAGCAUGGUGGUCUCCGUCCAUUCGGUGUCUCGUUCAUCUAUGCCGGCUACGACCCUCUGCGGGAGUUCCAGUUGUACCAGAGCAACCCCAGUGGCAACUACGGUGGUUGGAAGGCCACUAGCGUGGGAGCAAACAACGCAAGUGCCCAGAGCUUGCUCAAACAAGAUUACAAGGAAGACUGUGAUUUGAAGGAGGCGUGUGCUAUGGCCGUCAAGGUUCUGAGCAAGACUAUGGACUCCACAAAGUUAAGCAGUGAGAAGAUUGAAUUUGCAACGGUGGGAAAGACUCAGGAAGGGAAGGUUUACCACCACCUGUGGAAUGCUGACGAAAUUAAUGCUCUGCUGAAGCAGCAUGGGCUGGCUAAAGUUGAUGACGAGCCCGAGGCUGGGGACAUUAAAUAG